UCCACCUACACAGAUUUGAUUGGCGUAUGCAUGCGUCAUCGUUAUUUCCCUAAAAUACACUCUAUUUAUUCAGACAGUUAUGAAAACGUCAGACCAUAGUCAUUCACGCCUUUUACAAGGUGUAAUGGAAUAAAAAUAACCCCAUUUGAACAAACACAAUUAUAUGUUUACAUAAAUGGCCUUUUUCAGAGGACCAAAUGAAUGAAAUGAGGCCUGAAUGAACCUGUGAAUAAAAAGGUAGUGUGUGUUGGAUCAGCCAGAUGGUCAGAUACACGUAUCUUUCUUCACUGUAUGUAUGUGUCUCUUUAUUGUUGAGUAUAUGCAGAUGCAUAAUUCAUGAGUGCCUAAUGAUGUAAGAGUGCUUUCAGAAAAACAGGGGUCUUGUCAUAUCGAAGUAUUCAUGAUUUACAUGUUUGAAUCUACAGAUUUCUUAAUUGUCUAGACGGCUACUAUUACAGAAGUCAUCUCUAGUUUAAAGUGUGGUAGUCAUUCAUGCCCUGAGGUUGAUGUUAUUGAGAAAAAAAAAAACACUGUAUAUGUAUGAAACUGAAAGCACACUGAAAGCAUAGUUUAAGAAUGAGCUGUUCAGAUGUCACACCCAGAAUUGGGUGCUUUUUUUUUUGCUUUUAGUCCUUUUUCACACGUUUCCUAUUACGCCAUGAAGACACAUCCUCCACUAUAGCAGUAUCAUGGGGUUGAUUAUGCAUUUCCUCUGUGAUAUUUCAUCAUCCUUGUUCCUGAAAACAGUGAUCCUGGAGAAGAAAGAGGAGGAGGCCUUUGGCUUUGAAAUCCAGACGUACGGACUGCAUCACCAGAGUGAGAACUCGGUGGAGAUGUGCACCUUUGUUUGCAAAGUUCACGAAGACAGUCCUGCCCAACUUGCAGGCCUUAAAAUCGGAGACACGAUUGCCAGCGUGAACGACACUUCUGUGGAAGGCUUUCGCCAUAAAGAAAUCGUCCAGCUCAUUAAAUCAUCAGGCGACAGCAUUAGGCUAGAAACGGUUUACAGCAACUCUAUUAGAAAAGCAGAAUUGGAAGCCCGACUGCAGUACCUAAAGCAAACUCUGCAUGAGAAAUGGGAUGAAUACAGAUCUCUAAUGGUGCAAGAACAGCGGCUUGUGCAUGGCAUCGUAAUGAGUGACGUUUCUGUGUACGAGUCCCUGGAGUCAGCCGGAGUGUACGGUAGUCUGGGAGCUCCAAGCCCAGCGGCCAUGCGUGCGUUACGUGGCACCGAUAGCACGAGCAGCAGCGCGAGCCGCCUCAGUGCCGCCACGGCCGAGGACGAUCCACUCUACCAAACCUGCAUCUUCCAGGGGGAACGUGCCAACACUGCCAGCAAUGAUGAGCUCGACACAAACCAAGAGAAGACUCAAAGCGGCCGUCCACGGCUCAUCCGGCCCGCCAGCGAGCUCUUUGCUACUGCCAAGACAACCCUGACACGCAGCGCCAGCACACGUAGCUACAUGAGGGGCCCGGCAUCGUCGUCAUCCUCGGUGCCUAAUGGAGAAAAACAGCAGUGCGGAGGGUUCAGCACACUGCAGCGCAAACCCAAACAGAAGAGCUUCAGACGGAGGCUGUUGAAAUACAUUCCUGGACUAAACCGACCCCUGGAAGAGGAGGAAAGCAAACUUUGAGAAACUACAAUGAACUGAAAUUCACUUAGCCAAAGACUGAAGGUUUAAAACAAGAGAAAUGUAUCCAAUAAAGCACACUGAAGACCAAAAUUGGAGGCCAAGAUAAACCAAAGAAUCUAGUGAUGAUCAUUUUUUUUUUUUUCAGAGAGCCUGUUAAUGAGAGCCUCAUUCAUUUCCAAUGUUUAGAUCAGUUUAGAAGUCAUUUAAUUUGAGUGUGUCAAAAGUUUCAAAGCCUUUGCUUUUAAAAUCUGAACACAAAACAUUUACACAGGACUGGUUGGGCAACUUAAAUGUUUGUCUAAAAUGCUGAGUAGGUGUGGAUGUAUUUCUGUUUGUUGCUGGAAUAUUGUUUAAAGUUCUAUAACCAGUAACAGUUAACAAGACCUAAAUAUGUGGCGAAAAUGUAGACUAAAAAAAAAAUCACUUUGUCAACCCCUUAAACUUUAUUAACAUUGUCUAACUUUAUUUCCUGGUGCACAUUUUUCAUCUAAAUCAAGAAGCAGAUGUUUGUACAUAUUUUGUUUAAUGUUUAAGUUAUUUAUUUAAUGUUUGUUUUCAGUUUUUGUGAAGUUUUUUUGUUGUUGUUGUUCUUUUGAUAUUUGAAGAUGCACAAAAUGAAGGAUUUUUUGUUUUUAUAAUUUGAUCAUUUAUAUUUGAAAAUACUUGGGUCCUGAAGGAUAUUUAAUUACUGCCUUUUUGGCAAGUAUUUGUAAAUAACUUUUUUUUUUUUUUUUUUUUGAAAAUACAUAUUGAAAAUAAAAGGAUUUUCGCUUA